AUGGCAAUCACAAAACUAGGACGCUCCCAAAAGUUCGCCUUGUCCGCUGCCAGCGGUUGCAUGACAGCAACGCUAACAGCAGCGAUGGAGAUAGCCCUGGAAAUCGUACCCCGUAGACCUCUACGUACAGCAGGACUGACUGACUGCCAUCAGACAUAUGCACUUAGAUCUAUGGAGAAAAAACCACGACAGUACACACACAGCUAUUCUAAACAGGGUGAUAGAGUAUCAUUUAUCAACUGCUCAGCCGCACCAUGUGAUAGGAUCGCUAACCAACACAUUUUCAACAGAAAAUAUCAUGCUCAAAUGAGAGAAGAGGAACAUGAUCAAUCGACCCUGAAUGUGCUACGUAUAUACACUAAUGGCUCAAGAACAGGGUGUGACAUAUUCUCUCUUAAUCUCAGCGUCAACAUUCAUAUUUCAUAA